AAUCGGACUGAUUCUGCGAGCUUCGCUGGAAUUCAAAGCUAGCAUUGAUUUCGGUGUUUUUAUUAGCAAUUUUUGGACGAGUCUUUCUUCUCUAAGACCAUCCAUCUGUCGAGAGCCCUUCUCUCCGCCGACUCCUCACCUCCCGGACCUUGAAAUCAUAACCCUAGAGGCAGGAGAGAGCUUCUCUUUUGAUCUUUUGGGAGUAAUUGCAGACGUAUAUGCACGAUAUAGAGCUGUUGUGAAAUUGAAGUUCAAGAUGCCAAAGUGGCUUUGUUGUUCAUGUAAGGUGGAUGAGUCUGAUGGCCUGCAUUUCAAUGAAUCCUUGAGGAGUCCAAAGCCCUAUAUGGAUUAUAGGACUGGCCUGCAAAAAGGUUCAAAGUUUUCUGCUGUAGCUAAAAAUGAACCACAAAAAAUGCCGUCCUCUAUUGAUGUGCCUGCAUUGUCUUUUAAUGAACUGAAGGAGAAGACCGACAAUUUUGGGUCAAAAGCUUUUGUUGGGGAGGGUUCUUAUGGAAGGGUAUAUUUUGCCAUUUUAAAUGGUAAACGAGUGGCUAUAAAAAAGCUUGAUGUCUCUCAAGAGCCUGAGUCCAAUACAGAGUUUUUAACUCAGGUUGCAAAGGUUUCAAAAUUGAGGCACGAGAAUUUUGUAGAAUUGCUGGGUUAUUGUCUGGAGGGGAAUCUUCGUUUAUUAUGCUAUGAGUUUGCAACCAUGGGUUCAUUGCAUGAUGUUCUGCAUGGCAGAAAAGGAGUGCAAGGUGCACGACCUGGUCUUGUCCUUGAUUGGAUGCAGCGUGUGAGGAUUGCCAUUGACACAGCGAAGGGGCUAGAGUUUCUCCACGAGAAGGUUCAGCCUUCAAUAAUACAUAGAGAUAUCCGGUCAAGCAACAUUCUUUUAUUUGAGCACUUCAAAGCAAAAAUUGCAGAUUUCAAUCUUUCAAAUCAAGCCCCUGAUAUGGCUGCUCGUCUUCAUUCUACCCGUGUGCUAGGAACCUUUGGUUAUCAUGCUCCAGAAUAUGCCAUGACUGGACAGCUGACACAGAAAAGCGAUGUAUAUAGCUUUGGUGUUGUUCUUUUGGAGCUUCUGACUGGAAGAAAGCCUGUUGAUCAUACAAUGCCUAGAGGACAACAGAGUCUCGUUACUUGGGCUACUCCACGAUUGAGUGAGGAUAAGGUAAACCAAUGCAUCGAUCCAAGAUUAACAGGUCAAUAUCCAACCAAAGGAGUUGCAAAGCUUGCAGCAGUGGCUGCUCUAUGCGUGCAGUAUGAAGCUGAGUUCAGGCCAAACAUGAGCAUUGUUGUAAAGGCACUCUCACCCCUCCUUGUAAAUAAGCAGCCUCCUCCACAGCCAGCUCCCGUAACGUCACUUUUGGAUAUGUGAACCCAUUCAUACAUGGUUUUUUAUUAUUCUUUGCUUCUUUAUAAAUGAAACCGGAGAUUCCAUGUUAUGUUGCCGCUUACCGCUUCUCAUUUUUUACGAACUCGUAUGCUUCUUCGAGGAAAUUAAUGUCCGAAACAAGUUAAUUCUUUAUUUGAUCAUUUUUAUGGAAAUUGUUUUUCUUUCUAUUUGCUGGAGAAGCUAAUAUAAAUACGACUUUUCUGUAAGGAUUUCGCCUCAU